AUGCCAUUUGGCUGUUUAACUCUUGGUGAGAAGAAGGAUUAUAACAGCCCCUCAGAGGUCACCGAUAAAUAUGACCUCGGACAGGUGGUCAAAUCGGAAGAGUUUUGCGAGAUUUUCCGGGCCAAAGACAGGACCACGCUGAAAAUGUACACCUGUAAAAAGUUUCUCAAAAGGGAUGGCAGGAAGGUGCGGAAAGCGGCGAAGAACGAGAUUCUAAUCUUAAAAAUGGUGAAACAUCAUAAUAUCCUCCAGCUGGUCGAUGUCUUUGAGACCAGAAAAGAGUACUUCCUCUUCCUCGAACUGGCCACGGGCAGAGAGGUUUUUGACUGGAUACUCGACCAAGGUUACUACUCAGAGAGGGACACCAGUAACGUGAUCAGACAAGUAUUGGAGGCAGUGGCUUACCUCCACUCUCUCCGCAUCGUCCACAGAAACAUUAAGUUGGAAAACCUGGUGUAUUACAAUCGCCUGAAACAUUCCAAAAUUGUCAUAAGUGACUUUCAUCUGGCUAAACUGGAGAACGGCCUGAUCAAGGAACCCUGUGGUACUCCUGAGUAUCUGGCCCCUGAGGUGGUUGGCAGACAGAGAUACGGCAGGCCUGUCGACUGCUGGGCCAUCGGUGUGGUGAUGUACGUCCUACUCUCAGGAAAUCCCCCUUUUUACGACGAAACCGAUGACGACGACUAUGACAAUCACGACAAGAACCUUUUCCGGAAGAUUCUGGCGGGAGACUACGAGUUUGACUCGCCUUAUUGGGAUGACAUCUCAGACUCAGCUAAAAGCCUGGUGGCUUCUCUAAUGGAGGUCGACCAGGACCAGAGGCUCACGGCACAGGAGGCCAUCAAUCACGAGUGGAUAUCCGGGAAUGCUGCCUCAGAUAAGAACAUUAAGGAUGGAGUGUGUGCUCAAAUUGAGAAAAACUUUGCCAAAGCUAAGUGGAAGAAAGCGGUGCGAGUGACCACUUUAAUGAAGAGGCUCCGUGCUCCAGAUCAGAGUGACUCCGGGGCCUCCAGUCCUGCAUUAGGGGCCUCAGGUGGUCCUGUUACGCCCAGCAACACCCCCAUACCUGCAGCCGCCACUCCGGAGGCUCCCCGUGGUCUAACAGAGGCUCUAGGCCAAUCAGAGAGCAGACCAGAACAGGGCGUGGCGUCAGCACGGUGUAACGGGGAAAUAGCCGCGGCACCUCAGUCCGCCGUACAGGCCUCAGAACAGCAGAAAGACUAA